UUUUAGUUCUUUUUCUAUCCUCACUUCAAUGGUUUAUAUCAACGAUUGGAACGAAUAUCAAGAGGCUGUUGAACAACUAUAUUUGAAUUCUCCAAAAAAGACACGUUAUGUGACAAGCUGGCGUCAUUCCACGGGACAACUUGUUAUGAAGGUCACUGACGAUUCACUGGUUCUCAAGUACAGAACGGACCAAGCUACAGAUUUGAAAAAAUUUGAACGAUUAAAUCGAUCAAUGAUGUUGAAAAUGCAGAACAGGAAGGAGCCAAAUGAAAGCGAAAUUGCCACUUCAUCCGGAACGAUACAAUCUCAGCAACUAACGCAGGUGUCGGACCAAACUACCGAGGUAAUUCCUGCGACAGAAUCGGCAGCUGGAACAUCAUCUGGAGCGUCAAAUCAGCAACCAUCUUCAAAAAAGAAGGGAAAGAAAGGACGAUGA